UAUAUAUUCGAGAUGCGUUAAGGUCUGGAUAGAAUCGGACUUGACACUCUAGCGGCGGACAUAACCAGGCUACAGAGCGGCUAGCAACUGGACAUCUGCAGCAGCAGGGAUCUGGUUUGAACCUUCAGAGCUUUCGAGAGGGAAGAAUGUUGUCUCUAAUGGUGGAAGUAGCCAUCAGAGUUGGCACCAAACACCUCGGGAAGUGUCCUUACUGGGAGGAUGACACUCAGACGCUGCUGUACAUUGACCUCACAGACCACGAGGUGCACCGCUGGAACCCGGACACCAAGGAGGACACCAAAGUCACCCUCGACGACAACGUCUCCUUCGUUAUCCCCCGGCGCCAGGGAGGGCUAAUAGUGGGGUUGGGCCGGACGAUCUCCCAGCUUGACUGGGACUCACAGACCGUGACAAAAAUCGUCGAGGUGGAUCAGGGCACCAACAACCGCUUCAACAGCGGCAAGUGCGAUGCCAAGGGCCGUCUGUGGGCAGGUACCAUGGGCUCCGAGCCUCGUCCACCAGCAUCCCCGCAGGGAUCGCUGUACAGUCUGGACCUUGACCGCACAGUUAGAAAGCAGGCCACGAACUUUUACCUUUGUAACGGUAUGGCGUGGACAGACGACAACCGAACCAUGUUUCUGGUCGAUUCGUCAGCAAGAAAACUCUACGCCUUCGACUUCGAUCUGGAAGGAGGAAACAUAAGCAACCAAAGAGUCGCCAUUGACAUGGCCACUGCAGUACCUGACAUCGGAGGGGUGCCCGAUGAUAUGAACAUCGACACGGAGGGGAAGCUGUGGGUGGCCUUCUACAACGGGGGAGUGAUUGGUAGAUUCGAUCCCGUGACAGGUACACACCUUCAAACGCUCAAGUUCCCAGUCACCCAGGUGACAUCCAUGUGCUGGGGAGGCCGCAACCACGACGAGUUGUACGUCACAAGUGGACGGCAACGACAACCGGAGGAAUACUUCCUCCGAGAGGAACCACUGGCUGGAUCAGUUUUCAGGGUUAAGUCUUGGGUUGAAAGGUCGCCCGGCACACGUGUAUUUUGGGGGCAACAUCAAGCAGUCAUGGCAUCACCCACCGUUGAAGUAGCCAUCAAGAACAGCUGCAGCAAAGUUGGUGAGGGUCCCCACUGGGAUGAUACCACUCAGAGUCUCCUGUAUGUAGAUGUCAUAGCUCAUGAUGUCCAUCGCUGGAACUCUGUCACAGGAGAGGACACCAAAGUUCAUCUCAAAGAUACAGUCGGUCAUGUGAUACCUCGCCGACGGGGUGGCUACAUGGUGGGUCUGGGGAGGAAGCUGUCACUGCUGGAGUGGGAAACAGGAACAGUCACAGACAUCGCAGAAGUUGACCAGGAAACUAGAAACCGUGUCAACGAUGCCAAAUGUGAUGCCAAAGGACGUCUGUGGACAGGUACAAUGGGAGCUGAGGUGAAGCCAGGUGUUUUCGAACCUGCAGUGGGGUCACUAUACAGCCUUGACCUUGAUCAUACAGUGAAGAAAUGGGUGUCUGGUAUAGACCUUUCAAAUGGCUUCGCCUGGACAGAAGAUAAUCAAACCAUGUUCUACAUUGACUCAAUCCCUAAGAAAGUCUAUGCCUUUGACUAUGAUUUGGAAAAUGGAGCAAUCAGUAAUCAAAGGACAGCUGUUGACCUCACAUCAUUUGACUUUGACACUGACACCUAUAGUGUUCCUGAUGGAAUGACUAUUGAUACUGAAGGCAAACUGUGGGUGGCAUGCUUUGGUGCAGGGGCAGUGUUCAAAUUUGAUCCUGAAACAGGUAAAACUCUCCAGUGUGUGAAGAUUCCAGCCAAACAGACAACAUCUGUGUGCUGGGGUGGAAAAAACCUGGAUGAGCUGUACGUGACUUGUGGACGUCUGGUUAAGCCAGAGGAGUACUACCUCAAAGAAGAGCCCCUUGCAGGUUCUGUCUUCAGAGUUACAGGUCUUGGAGCCAAAGGACGUCCAGCAAAUGUCUUCGAAGGUUAAAAUGCAAUGUUACUGAAAGGGUCCUUUGGUGCUACAAUCAUAAUGAAGACAUUUGUUGUGUUUUUAUGCAAGGACACUGAUGGGAAAAAGAAGUGUGGACUUACCCCAACCUCAUGACCUUAAAUUUACUUUAUCUGUACACAGAAAGAAAAGUACACUUGAUUUGACUGUUGCCAGUUGACACCUUUAUUCUGAUUCAGGGUGAACGUUUCCGUUGGCUUUUAUUUUUAUUUAUUUUAUUUUAUUUUUUUGCUGGUUGACUGUGUUGGCAUUUAGUUACUGCUAUCACUACGCAAUCUUUUGUGGAACAGUUCAAGAAUGAAAAUCAUCCCAAAUACAUUCAACCUUGGAUACUUUAUUCAAUAGACAGUUGCUGAAGAUAUUGUGUUCUUUGGUCGCAGUAGUCGGAUAACAAUACAAACACACAUUUAUUAACAGAAGAAGAUACAAAACAUCAUCAUGAGAAACGUACAGUAAGUGCAUCAUACUUUUAUUUUUUAGCAUCAGUUGAGGGUAUUUCUUCCUACACAGCCUCUUGCACCUGUGUAAGUAUAGCUCACUAUGUAUGUAUUUAAUUACUUAUCCAGCGGAAAAUAAACCAACUAUUUAACUCAUAACAGGAGUGUAUUUGCAAUGUGGACAGACUGGGACACAGGAAGAAUAUACAAUACAGAAACAGCAGUUACAGAUUUCAAUGAUGUGUGUUUGGAUGUGGGAGUGGAUGGUGAGUGUGGAUGGUGAGUGUGGAUGGUGAGUGUAAUCAGAGCUAAGAGCAUUUUAUCCUUGGAAGUACAGAUAGGACUGGGACGCCUUUGUGAUGAGCUAAGUUAUCAUAUUAAGUUGUCUUUCGCAUAAUUUGUAUUUAAUAAAUCAUUUGUAUUGUAUUGUAUUCACACGUUCUUUGAGUCUUUUGUUCGUGAAGAACAUGGUUGGGGUCUGGUGAGCUGUGUGGUGACCUGUGGGUACUGGAGAUAAGGUUCUCCCUGCUAGGGCCGUAGUUAUGAUGCGAGGAUAAGUUGUUGCCCUGGGGCAUUAUAGGAACUUCCAGGGAUUUUUCAUGUAUUAAGAGUUUCACAUAAUUAUCACUCACAUGGGUGAAGAGAAAGUACUUACAUGUCUGCUGAUGCCUUAGAAAAGUGACUAUAGACCAGAAUGUAACAACAGUGAGUUUGUGUUUUACAAUGAAAUAGUUUUUAUACAAUACAAUGUUACAGUUUAUGUCUUGUAAAAUAAAGGACUUGUAAACCAA